AAUUUCUACAUGUAAUUGUAAUAACAAUAUUAAACACCAAAUGGAUAAACGCUGCUACCGUAAAGAUGCUGUUGUGACGUCGUGAAGUAAUCCAAUAUGGCGGUGGCAAUGUCAGGUCGUGGCGUCGCCUUCAUUAGGAACAUAGCUGGGUCGCUACACAUGAGGUUGCAGGUUCUUGGUGGCGCAUCGCAGCAGCUCUCAUGUCUCCACACGAGCAUUUCAUUAGAUGACAAACACUGGGAGAAGAACAACCGGAAAGUAUAUCCUCCUCAGCUGCCGGAGGAGCCUCGCAGACCUGCAGAAGUUUAUCACAGCAGGAGGCAAAUAAAGUACAGCAAAGACAAGAUGUGGUAUUUGGCCAAGAUGAUCAGGGGGAUGAGCAUCGACGAGGCUAUCGCUCAGCUAGAAUUCAACGACAAGAAAGGAGCAAAGGUCAUGAGAGAGGUUCUUCUUGAAGCUCAAGAGAUGGCGGUCAAGAAUCACAACGUGGAGUAUAAAUCCAACCUCUAUGUAGCCGAGUCAUUCUCUGGCAAAGGGCAGUACCUGAAGAGGAUCCGUUACCAUGGCAGAGGCAUGUUCGGCAUCAUGGACAAGGUUUACUGUCACUACUUCGUCAAGCUGGUGGAGGGUGUGCCACCCAAACCGGAGGAGAGGACGGGCUUUGAUCAAGCUAAAGAGUACGUCCAAGGCCUCAAGAACCGGACCAUCAUCCACAGCCUGUAGAUCACCCAGCCUUCAUCUGUUGUUUGUGUGUCAUUUUAUAAUUGUAAAUAAAUAAAAAAUAAAUAAAAUGUG